AUUGUUCUGAGAGUAUAACAGAUGUCGGUGUGUCUAUAGUAAUUUUGAAAAGUCAUGAUUACUCUAUGAAUUUCCAUAAACUCCAACUAAUGUCAUUUGUCAAUUCCGAAAAGUGCAUUGUAGUGGUUGGAGGAUACGAAUUUUCAUAAAAUACUAUUUUUAUUGAACAUUUCUAACAAAAUUUUAUAAAUAUGGCAUCAGUCUUAUUACCGGAAACACCAGCGCCAGGGUUUUCAUUCGAAAAUUGUCAGCGCAAUGCUUUUCUUGCGCAGAAGGGCUUUCCAGCUCCUAAAGCCACUAAAACUGGAACUACGAUCGUCGGUAUAAUAUAUGCGGAUGGCGUUAUUCUUGGUGCCGACACGCGAGCUACAGAAAACACCGUUGUAUCGGAUAAAAACUGUCAGAAAAUCCAUUAUUUGGCAUCCAACAUGUAUUGCUGCGGAGCGGGUACAGCUGCAGACACGGAAAUGACGACGCAGACGGUGGCAUCGCAACUAGAGCUGCAGCGUCUACAUACCGGGCGCACUGUGCCGGUAGAGACCGCGUCGACUCUGCUGAAGCGCAUGCUGUUCCGUUACCAAGGUCACAUAGGUGCUGCUCUCGUGCUUGGCGGAGUCGAUCGCACUGGGCCUCACAUUUACUGCAUCUACCCUCAUGGUUCUGUGGACAAGCUUCCCUAUGCUACUAUGGGAUCUGGAUCAUUGGCAGCCAUGUCUGUAUUUGAAGCAGGCUGGAAACCAAACAUGUCUGAGGAAGAAGGCAAGAAGCUGGUGCGUGAUGCAAUUGCUGCUGGUAUCUUUAAUGAUUUGGGUUCCGGCUCCAAUGUUGAUAUGUGCGUUAUUCGCAAUUCUGGGCCUGCUCAGUAUCUUAGGACUUAUGAGGAAGCUAACAUAAAGGGCAAAAAACAAGGUUCAUACAGAUAUGCUCCAGGCACUACUGCUAUUCUGAAACAGAGAGUGAUACCUCUCGAAGUGGAGUCUGUUGCAGUACACCCAGUGUCUCGUCCACAAGCCAUGGAAGUCGAAACCCAUUGAACUGUAAUCUAAUACUUAUUGAAUAAAAAUAAUUUUCUAACUA